UCCUUAGAGCGUCAGCACGCCACAGCACAUUGCCUCGGAUCCAGACUACUCCAGCUCCAACCUGAUACACACCAGGCUUGAAGCAUUGACAAUACCGUAAUGGAGAGCUUGCUGGAUAACCCUAUGAAAGCUGUGCUUUAUCUCAAAGAGCUGACCACCAUUGUACAAAACCAGCAGAGUCUGAUUCAAACCCAGCGGCAGCGGAUCGACGAGCUCGAGAGGAAGGUUGAGGAUCUCAUCGGCGAGAAUCGACAGCUGAGAGAACCGCAUCCAUACCACCACCAUCAUCCGCACCAUCACCACCACCCUUCCCCGCCGACCAGCAGCCCUCAGCCGGGCGCGCACGCACACCAGCAUCAGGCGACUCACGGUCAACCCCAGCAGCCGCCGCAGCAGCAUCAUCAGCAACAGCAGCAGCAUCCGUCCAAACAGGCGCAGCAUACUCCGGUAGCUCCAAUACAUCACCCGCAGCAUCUGCAGCUGGUCCCUACAUCCCCACCGUCUCUUAAACCGACUCACUCUAGCCCGGAGUCGGCGGAGGACGAUAAGAGGAGCCCGUCCUGCAAGUCUUUGGUUCCGCAAACACCCUCGACACUGUGCCGGUCCGUCGGGCUCGCGAGGAAACCCGAGAACCAGACUGUUCUGCACCAGUUCUGUUGUCCCGCUCCGGACGCCCCUGAGUCUGACUCUCAGGCCUGUGUACCCAGUGAAGAGACACCCUCCCCUCCUCCCACUGUGUCACCAUCCCCUGGGGAACCUGUGUCGCCCUCACCAGGGGUGACUGCUGCCAGUGCAAUCCAGCCUGAGGUCCAGGUGACGCCUCAACUUGCAGAAAGCACCGCGACAUCUGUCGAUGGAGGAGGGGGAGACGGGGAUCGAGAUGGAGGUGGAGCUCAAGACACAGAGAGUGCACAGGUUGACAAAGAAGAGGUGGAGCUACAAGAGGUAGAAAAAGAGGAAGAAAAACCCCAAGUGCAACAACAACUGGAGCAAGAGGAGGAAAAGAAAGAGACAGAGGAGCAGGAGAGGGAAGCAGCAUGUACGGGGGGUGCGGGAAGGAGGCCAAGCUUGCAUCACACUGCCUCACCAAUUAGAGUACAGAGGAACGGAGCGUGCAGCCACUCCACAACCUCGGACUAUGAACUCUCGCUCGACCUCAAAAACAAGCAGAUCGAAAUGUUAGAGCACAAAUAUGGGGGCCACCUUAUCUCACGGCGUGCAGCCUGCAAAAUCCAGACUGCCUUCCGCCAAUACCAGCUCAGCAAAAACUUUGAGAAGAUCCGAAACUCCCUCCUUGAGAGUCGCUUGCCACGACGUAUCUCCCUGCGAAAGCUGCGUGUGCAAAAUACAGAGGGAAUCUCGGCUGAACGGGCACUGGCUGAAGGCUGUAAUCUGGCAAGUAUCCCAUUGGUCCGGUCCCCAUCCCUGCCCACUACAGUGGGAGGCACUCUAACUGACCUGGAGGAUUCCUUCAAUGAACAAGUCCAGUCUCUUGCCAAGUCCAUCGAUGAUGCACUCAGCAACUGGAGCAUGAAAACUAUGUGUUCUCUUCAAGAAGGGGGCACCUAUCAGUUUAGCUCAGAAGCCUUUAAUACAGCUGGUGGCACAUCUGGGGUGGCAGGGACAGUCCAAGAAGGUGGCCCCAUGAACCCUGUUACGCUUCAGAGUGGAACAAGCCAAGUUGAAAACUCUGAGAAUAUGGCCCGUAGUGCAAGUAAACUAAUGAUGGCCUUCCGGGACGUGACGGUUCAAAUUGACAGCCAGAACUUUCGCAUGUCCUCCUCAGUUUUGGAAUCCUCCACUUCCGUCUCUCUCGGUAAUUGUGUCCAGCAGGGGGCCAUGAUUACCGAGAACCAACAGCAAUCUCCAGUUAAUGAUGCAAACAAUGAACAGUUGCUACAAGGACAACCACCACCACCACCACCUCCACAGGAUCUAGCUUUUGCAUCUUCAGAGCUGGAUGUUGAUGAAGUACCAGAUGGUGACUUCCCAGCCCCUCCACCAAGUGAGGAGGAACUUGGGGAGGAGGCAUGCCCUCUGGUCCUGGAAAAUAAGGAAGUUCUAGGGUCAGAACCGACAAUUCCAGCACAGACAGUAGUAACCUCUGAUACCUUGUCUCCACCAGAGGUUGCAGAGACGCUGGUCACCCCAAAUGAGAUGCUGGAGGCAAAGCGUAUUGAAUCAGACAUGGCAGACAACAGCUCAGAACAGAUGAGCAGCAGCAGCACAUCUACAUCAGCGCGCUCAACUUCAGAGGUCUCAUCCAAAGAGGCUCUGCAGGCUAUGAUCCUGAGCUUGCCAAGAUACCAAUGCGAGAACCCAACUAGCUGUAAAUCACCUACCCUCUCCACUGAUGUAAUGCGAAAACGGCUGUACCGUAUUGGUCUCAACCUCUUCAACAUAAAUCCAGACAAAGGUCUCCAGUUUCUCAUCUCUCGUGGUUUCAUUCCGGAUACGCCCAUAGGAGUGGCCCACUUCCUGCUUCAAAGGAAGGGCUUAAGCCGGCAGAUGAUUGGCGAGUUUCUUGGCAACAGCAAGAAACCCUUCAACAGAGAUGUUUUAGACUGUGUGGUGGAUGAGAUGGAUUUCUCAGGGAUGGAAUUGGAUGAAGCUUUAAGGAAGUUCCAGGCUCAUAUCCGUGUACAGGGUGAAGCGCAGAAAGUGGAAAGGCUGAUAGAAGCAUUCAGUCAGCGUUACUGUAUGUGUAAUCCAGACGUGGUUCAGCAGUUCCACAAUCCUGAUACCAUCUUUAUCCUCGCAUUCGCUAUCAUACUUCUUAACACUGACAUGUACAGUCCGAACAUUAAACCAGACCGCAAGAUGAUGCUGGAAGACUUCAUCCGCAACUUAAGAGGUGUUGAUGAUGGAGCAGAUAUACCUCGGGAUAUGGUAGUGGGAAUAUAUGAGCGGAUUCAACUAAGGGAGCUACGCUCUAAUGAAGACCAUGUCACUUAUGUCACCAAGGUGGAACAAAGCAUUGUGGGAAUGAAAACAGUUCUGUCAGUACCUCACAGGAGACUGGUGUGCUGCAGUCGACUGUUUGAGGUGACUGACAUCAAUAAAGCCCAAAAGCAAGCUGCUCACCAGAGAGAGGUCUUUCUCUUCAACGACCUACUUGUGAUUUUAAAACUGUGUCCAAAGAAGAAAAGUUCGGCUGCCUACACCUUUUGCAAGGCCAUGGGUCUGCUGGGCAUGCAGUUUCACCUGUUCGAGUGUGAAAACUAUCCUCACGCGAUCACUAUUGUGUCUCCGUGUUCGGGCUCUGAUAAGAAACAGGUGCUGAAUUUUUGUGCCCAAAGUGCAGAAGAGCUGCUGAAGUUUGUUGAGGACCUAAAGGAGUCCAUCGCCGAGGUGUCAGAGAUGGAGCAGAUACGUAUUGAAUGGGAGUUGGAAAAGCAGCAAGGAGCCAAAACGCACUCCAUCAAGAAUAACGGGACACAGCUUGAAUUGAGAGGAAGACAAAGUUCUCCUUUAGGCAAACAAGACAUGAACACAUCACAGAGUGGACACAAUGCAGUAGAGGUGUCAAUUCACAACAGGCUUCAAACGUACCAGCUCAACGCGGUGCCGCAGAGCCCUGAGAGCGCCGCCCUUCUCAACCACCAGAGGGAGCCUCCGUUGCAAUGUGCCAGCUCCACACCCUCGCACUCCCACCAGCCUGUGGCCCUGGCCGAGAUACGACCCGACACGCUCAUCCAGUGCCAGCAAAUCGUCAAGGUCAUCGUCUUGGACAAGGGCGGUCACGGUCGCAUGGAGGCGUUCUUCAGCCAGAGCCCCACUCAUCACCAGCUUGUCCAGUCUGCGGUCUCCACGCCGGUGCGUUCUCCUGACGGGGGAAGCAACCAGGGGGGAAUAGACAGUUCUCAGCCCCCCCUACCUCCACCACCACCCCCAUAUAACCACCCUCAUCAAUACAUACCACCAGAUCCCCGCCUUGCACUGCAGAGGACCCCAAGUGGCUCUCGUAGCCUAAUGUAAAGUUAAAAACGACAGUUUUAAGAACUGAACACACUGUAGGUGCACUUUUGACCAUAUUUAUCUAUAUAUGUAUAUACAUGAAAGAAAUAUAAUGAAAAAUGCAAACUAUAUGCAUAUAUUUAGGGUAACAGACAUAAAUGCGAAAGAUAUUAAUAUACGGUAUGUAAGUAAUUGACUUUGCAGAUAUGCGAAACAACCAAUAAGAUUUCAUUAUUGCUGUGUAUUUUGAAACGCUACAUAGUUUUAACAAAUUUAUAUAACGGUUUCUGUCUUUCUGAACAGGUUUCUCUGAGGUUAUAUUGUUGAGUACUUGUCCUGGAAAGGAUUUCUCUGGUGCAUUUUGUUAUAGACUAAAUUAUUUCACAAAACAAAAAUGUGAUAUCUCGCAACAUUUCACUUUCAAUUUCACUGAUACCUGCUUUUGUGUGGGAGCUGGUCUGUAAUAUCACCCUUUUGGCUUUAAUUAUAUUACUGAUGCGUCUAUUUAGUGUGUGCGUGUGUGUACUGUAUGCAUUAAAUUGAAAAAAUUGUAUACGUGCCAAAAUGAGGACACCCUCCAUUAUGGACUUUUGCACUGUUGAACGCUUAGGGCUAGAGCAAGCAUUUCUGCUUAUAACAGCGAUCAUUUAGAUUCCCUCUAGGUACACAUUUGUAGAAGACAUUAGGAUGUACUAUUAGUUUAAAAACAUUUAUUGUGUGGCCAAUGUUGUAUUCCUGUGAAAUGUGAAUUACUUCCUUAUCACCUGUCUUAGAAAAUGUCUUAUUCCUUUUAACUUAUAUAUGUGUGUAAAUUGAAAAAUAAUGAGGGCCUUUCACGUGACUUGCGCCAACAUCCCCCAUUGCUUUAAAUGCUAUAAAACAAAGUUAAAAUAUACUUUGCCCAAGUUUGUUGCUGACCUUGUGUGCAAACAAAAAAUACUAGACUAUUUGCAUAACAUAUCAUUAUGGGUGGUGUCAUUGACAACUACUUUUUUCUUUUUUUGUGGGAAUGUGUGAUGGCGGUUGCCAGAACUUAGACUUGGAAAUACACGUUACCUCUUUCGUUUCUAUUCACCCUUAUUGCUUUUAAUAUGAACACCAACUUCUUGCUACCUAACAACCACAUAAAGUCACCUUUCUGUGACACUAUGUGCAACGUUUGAUAUUUGCAUUGAGCAGUCCUGUCCCAACUCUGACCCAAGUCAUCUGAAAGGGCCUUCAGUUUCUGGCAACGUAUCGUGGCUCAAAGGGUCACCGCCAGUGAACGCUCUUUGUAACGGCUAUUGUUUCCACGCUCAGGAAUUUCAGAAAGAAUCUGAAAAAAGACUGAGACAUUUUAAAGCUUUUGCUUGAACUUUAUGUAGCAACCUGGAAGGUAUAAGGCCUCGCUGAAGAGGCCAUUUGAUCCCAGCAACCAUCUAUGGAGGCACUGUAUGGUUAUCUGACAUUUUACAAGUUUAUCAAUUGAUGGCAGAAUAAUGCACCACUGUCAUCAUGUGACUCAGAUAAUAUAACAUGAACAGUACUCACCACUACAGUAUUUAAAACACCCAAAAGACACACCUUCAGCACCAUCAAACUAUUUCUGCUGUUUUAAUACUACUCUUGUGUGAACUUUCUCGCAAGCCAAGUGACACUUGAAACAUCGGUCGAGAUGCACAUUGUUGGCACAAAACACUUUAACCUGAAUGUCUGUCUGGUUGAUCUUCUAUUUUCCAGUUGAAGGAUACAGCUUAUCAAUAGAUUCAUUUUAUUUUGUUUUGCUUGUAGUUGCUGUCAUAUAUCUGCAUAUAAAUCAACACUGAAUUAGCUCUGGUAAAUGUUAACUGCACCUAAUCCAGCCAUUUCUGAUCUGUUAUCUACAUAACCUUUAAAGUCAACAUGAAAUGACAUUCAUGACUUAUUUUACUUUCAUGUGACACAACUCUGAGUGAUGCAAGUGUUUUUUUAUAAGUAGAAUGGGACUUGAUUUUCUGGAUUCAUAUGAUCAUCGCAUUUCCGAUUAUAGCCAGAUCCAAAGAAGAGCUGCUUUUCCAAAAUACUCACCAAUAAGUUUAAAGCAUAUAUUGAAUAAAGACGGAUGAUGUGUCUCCAUAGACUUCCACUGUACAAAAAUGAAGCCAAAAUCUCCCAAAAAUGGCUGCUGACAUCUUGCUCCAAUGACAUCCUUUGGAGCCAGAGUUUGGACAGUAGUGAUAAUGAAGUAGACACACGUUAUCAAAGUCCUACCCAUGUUCCAGUUUGACCCAAUCACAAACACACAAAUCAUGUUGUCACACAAGGGGCAGACUGGCCCACAACACCCUGCUCUCAACACAUCAAAGCAUUCUGUCUCACUGAUGCACAGACCGUUUAAUAACAUCACAAUUAAAAUAAAACAUAAAUGCUACUUAAACUUUAAAGAAAAUCAGAUUUAGUAAAUAAAUGAUAAAGUAAUGCAUUUUAACUAUUUGCCAAUGCAUCUUAAGAAACAUGACAUAUUCAAAGGUGUGAAUAGACUUUGCCAACAUAAGGCAAUGGGGACACAGGUCUGUUUAUGGAUAUACUGUUUUUGGAUCCAAAAUCAAAAUAAUAUUAAGUACAAAGGGGACCAAAUGGAAUAUACUCAAUAAAUCUCUUUCUCAAAGAGACAGAGGAAAACAUUUCAUUUGAUUGGUUGGAAUUCCUGCUCAGCUCUGUAAUUUGGCUUGCAUUUGUGUUUGUCUUAAAGGGGAAAUUUGACUUUUUUCAUGUUUACGUGCUAUAAUCAACCUAGAAAAUGUGAAAAAGAAGAUCCCAGUAACUUAGUUUUGGUAAACCAUUCACUGCAAGUAUGUGAGAAAAUAGGUCAUUGAAAUUUGGCUCUCCUUGUGAUGUCAGAAGGGGAUAAUACAGCCCCAUAAUCUGUACCAUCCAACCACACUGCAAUUUAGUGCAGAGAUAAACUCAUUUGCAUUUAAAUGGACACACCCCAAAAUGGCAAUUUUAACAUGCUAACAUAAAUUUUCUAUAUGGUAUUUUGAGCUAAAACUUCACAUAUGUACUCUGGGACACCCAAGAUUUAUUUGACAUCUUAAAAAGUCUUGUGAAAUGUCCCCUUUAAGAAACUUCUGCCUUCUUUGAUUUUAUUGGAAAUCCUGCAGUGAAUUACAAAUGCCCCCUCCCCAGUUUUGUACUUGUUAUUAUUAAUUAUGUAUAUGUGCAUGACUUUGAGUCAGCCCACAUUGCCCAGAAUUUUUAAUAGCAUCUUAAAACCAAAUUUAUUAGAAAAAGUAACACUUUAAAGUACAUAGGUGUGAUAAGAAAUAACUAAAUUAAUAGGAACUAUCUUAGAAAUCACACUUCAAAUAAAAUUUUCCAUAAGGAGAGGAAGGGGCUUUUGACCUUUAGUGCAGCCAGCUACCUGGGGGGGCAUCAAAAUGUUUUGGCUUCACUUUUUAGGAUGUGUGGUUUUAAGAGAGUUUUUGUGUGGGAGGCAUAAUGCUUCUUUUCAGACAUGUCAUUAUUCUGUAUUAUUGGCAUAAUCUUUAUUACAUUGUUGUUAACUGACUUUAGAUCAUUAUUACUUUAAUUAUAUUGCAGUGUAAGUCACAUCAGUUGCAUAAAGCAAUGCAAAAAUAGCUGUUUAGCUAUUGCUUAUCAUUACCCAUCAGCCCACAUGCCUUACAUGAAAGAGGAACAUUUCAAUGACGAGGAAUAACUAAUAAUUUGAUUUCAUGUUGACUUUAAACUGUAGUAAGCUGCAUUUAUCGUAAAACAAUUGACGUGUCAUAUAUAUAGCUGUGUGUCUACUGUAGUUUUACUAUGUUUUCAUAUAUGGUUGAGUGUUUGUUUCAUAAUUAUAUUGCUGCUGUUUGGAGAUCCCAAUAUGAUCUUCUCUUCCUCUUCUCACUGUUGUUAUUUCCAUGUAUGGUAAUGAUUUAAGAUGAAAUGCACUUGUUGUUUUUGGCGUAGCAAACACACAAGACUCUUCAUUGGCAUUACACAACCAGAUUCAUCAUACCUUGGCUUGUCAACUGAACCAUCAGCAAAUUCUCCAAAAUAAAUGAG